CGGCACAAAGGGCCCGAUGCCGUGGAGCCCUGUCCCGGCUCUCAAUUCAGCCCAAGAAAGGAGAGAUGCAGGGGAUGAAACCUCAGAUGCAGCACGCUGAUGGCAGCGUCGGCGUGUCCUCUUCUCGCCGAGAUGCGCACGCGCGACGCCGCGGCAGCUGAGCUGCAAAUCUGCUGCGUUGGCGUCUGCCGGGCGCCUGCAUGCUGCAGGCCCAUGUGACGAGAGCGAGAGAGGGUGCAUGGAGAGGGUGCAGGCGGGCCGGCAGCGGCGCCGGUGGGCGUGCGGCUCUGGCGUGCAUGGUGCGCGCUGCACCUGCAGAACACCGGAUCUCCGCUCUCCUCGCCGCUCUUUUGCUCGCCAAGUGCGCUCGGGUCAGCAUGUCGGUGCCGAGCAGGCGCACGCUCGAGGCUGCAUGGUCGCCAGGCCCAUGCGGCGACGAUCUCCUCACCGCUGCGGCGAGGCAGCAAAAAAACCGAAAGUCGGCGGCGUCCGCGUGGCACACGAGAGAGAGCGCCACCAGCCGCCGUCGCCUCAACAUCGCGAGCCGCCCUCUCGAAGCCGAGGCAGCGCCUCUCUGACCAGCUCAGCAUCCUCAGCUCCGCAGCAAGCUGACCCAGAGCGAGCACAAGAUUGCGGCGGUCCUCUGCACGCUGCGGACGACGUCCAAGCGCUGCAGAUCCUGCAGGACGCCGCGCCAGCGCCGCCGCGCGACGCUAACGCGGCCGGCCAAGCCCUUGCAGCGCAGCCGUCAUGCGCUGGGGGCUCCGUCUGCGCAAGCCGAGUGGACAAAGGGACGUCGGCAAUGCGGCGGCGCGGGCUGCGUGCUGAUUCUGAAUGAUGGUGCGUCUGCAGGCGCUGCCUUUGUGCGAGUCAAAGACCUCAUGCGAGCGAGCUGCUCGCUCGAGCGGCACGACGAAGCGACGUCCUAGCC